AUGACUCAACCUGAUAUCAGUUAUGCAGUUGGCUUGGUAAGUCAUUUCAUACAGAAGCCCAAGAAGCCUCAUCUAGAAGCAACUCGCUGUAUUUUACGAUAUGUGAAGGGAAUUGCUGAUUUUGGUCUCCUAUACAGAAAAGGAGAAGCAAGUGAGCUAUUUGGUUAUUGUGAUGCUGAUUAUGCAGGUGACUCAAGCACGAGAAGGUCAACGACUGGAUAUACAUUUAGUCUUGGAUCAGGACCAGUCUCUUGGUGUAGCAAGCAACAACCGACAAUAUCUUUAUCAACCACAGAGGCUGAGUACAGAUCAGGAGCAAUGGCAGCAUAG